UCUUCGUUUCCGAACAGGCGGUAAAGCGAACAAAAAAGAAAGGUUGGAAGAAGAAACCCUGCUAGGGUUUUUAUUUUUCAAUCCAAUUGAAUUGUUGGGACGAUAAUUCCCUAAUUUCCCUUUCUCCGUCUUAAUCUAUACCAUCCUACUAAUCCACUUUCACUCAAAUUCCUCCUCUGCUGGAAGUUUCGUAUUCGACGUGGCUGGGCUGGUUGAUAGCUUAACUUAUCGAAUUCUUCGGGGGUGUAUGGCAUUCCGAUUGCUUCGCUCGGAGUGGCUUUCCUUGGAGUGGACACAAAGUUGGCUUCUUGAUGAUUAUGUCUGGAAGAAAUCGUGGACCGCCUAUCCCACUAAAUGGGGUUCAUCACGGCGCACUACCAUCAGUUAGAGAGCCUCCAUUUGCCAGAGGCCUUGGGCCAAGGCCACAUCCAGCGCUUCUUGAGGAAAUCAGAGAAACACAGUAUGGGAUGCAUCCAGGACCCCUUCCUCCACACCCUGUAAUAAUUGAGGAGCGUCUUGCUGCCCAACAUCAAGAUAUUCAAGGUCUUCUUCUCGAUAACCAGAGGCUUGCUGCGACCCAUGUUGCGCUUAAGCAGGAACUAGAAGCAGCCCAGCAUGAGUUGCAACGUAUGGCUCAUGUUGCUGAUUCCUUACAUGCAGAAAGGGACAUUCAGAUGAGAGAGUUGUAUGAAAAAUCGGUUAGACUAGAGGUUGAUCUGCGAGGAGUUGAGACUAUGCGGGCAGAGCUUCUUCAAGUUCAUUCUGAUGUAAAGGAACUAACUACUGCAAGGCAGGAGCUCAAUGGUCAAGCACAAGCAAUGACACAAGAUCUAACCAGAAUUACUGCAGAUUUGCAGCAAGCCCCAGCAUUGAGGGCAGAAAUUGAAACUGUGAAGCAGGAAUUGCAUCGUGCUAGAGUUGCAAUAGAGUAUGAAAAGAAGGGAUAUGCGGAGAAUUAUGAACACGGUCAGGUUAUGGAGAAGAAACUGGUUUCAAUGGCUAGGGAGUUGGAGAAACUUAGAGCUGAGGUUGCUAAUGCAGAGAAGAGAGCUCAUGCUUCUGCUGCUGCAAUUGGAAAUGCUGCUGCUGGCUAUGGUGCAAGUUAUGGCAAUGCUGAUGCUGGAUAUGCAGGAAAUCCAUAUUCUACAAAUUAUGGCUUGAACAACGUACAGUCUGGUACAGAUGGUUAUCCUCCGUAUGGACCUGGAUCUGUUUCCUGGGGUGCGUAUGACAUGCAACGGGCUCAAGGACAUAGAUAGACUAGUUUGCUAUGUCCUGCUAAGAUGUUUCUUGCAGAGGGCUUGAGGUUCAAAUCACAAAGCAUUGAUAAUUAGGUUUGUAGGCCCUCGGUGAUCUGCUUCAUUUAUGGCUAUGAGCUAGUUUCAGAUUGUACUAAGGUCGGUGGAAGCUGAAUUCGAAGUUCUUCGAGAUCUGAAAUCGUUGCAACAGCUUGAACAAUUAACAAUUUAUUCCCACCCAUCAUAGGAAGCAAAGUUGGAUGAUAGCUCUUCAAAUGGGGCUUCCUGGAUAAUGUUGUUAACAGCUGCUGCUGCUGCUCAUCUACAUGGACA